CACUUUCACCUCCUUGCAGCAAACAGCACAGAUCCACAACAUGAUGGAAUGUAUCAAAAACUGCUGCAGGACAUUUAUGUCUAAAGAGAAAGAACCAGAGAUUCAGAAGAUAAGAAUCCGACCUAAAGGUACAUUAAUGGUUGAGUCUUAUGUGAAGAAGAGUGUUGGAGUAUCAGAGGAUUACCUCCUCUCUAAACUGCCCCCAGAUGGCAGGGAGGUCCCCUUUGUCCUCCCAACCUUCAAGUCCUCCUACAUCCAGCCGAAAGGGGCACAGUACUCCAGCUACAACAUCGGGCAACAGAGCUCAUCAAAGACCACUUAUGCAGACAGGAAGGCAGAGCUUGCAGGAGCCAAUCAAAUCGUGUAUGACCCUGAUUUGACCUUUAACAACAGUCAGAUCAUCAGCUUCGUGUCACCAGGUUCAGUGAGACGCCCCAGUAUGAAAGGCCAUCCCAACAACAGCUCUGGCACUGGUUGGGAACACAAUGACAAACAAAGACUCAGCCUAUCCAUGUUUGAUUUAUCAAACUCUCAAGGCCCUGUACAGCGGUAUGAUUCCGUAUCCAGUAUCCAGAGUAGCACAUCGUCCAUUCAGGAUUCCUUUGGGAGCAGCCGUAGUCUAGAGUCCAUUACGCUGUCUGGCGAUGAGAGGGAUCGUGAACUGGGAAAGGUGUGUGUGCACCUGAGGUACGAGGAGGCGGUGGAGCAGGUGUGGAUCACCUUGGUGAAGUGUGCAGACAUGAGUGUAUAUGCUGAAGGGGUGGAGCUGCAGAGGAUUGGGGUCAAAGGGGUCAUCACCAUAACAAAGCCAGUGCGAUUUAAGAGCACAGUCAAGCAAGCAUCAGUGGACACUGAGUUUAUGGAGACAUUUGUGUUCACUCUAAACUUAGAGCAAAUACGCAGGUCUGCGCUGGUACUGCGUCUGCAGGCUCACACACCACGCAAGCGCACACUGGGAGAGUGUGUGUUAUCUCUCCGAAAUCUUGGACCACAGGAAACACAGCACUGGCUGGAGUUCAGGCCCCACUCUAAAACUCAUGUGUGCCAUGCUGAGCUUCAGCUGGCCUUGUGCUUUCAGCCUGUGAGCAGUCGAAUGCAACUCCAGAUCCUCAGUGCUCAAAAUCUUCCAUGGUCUUCCUCACCGCUCACACACAGUUUCUUUGUGAAGGUGAACAUGCUAAGAGAUGGCCAGUCCUUACUGAAGAGAAAAACAAAGAUUAUGAAGUCAUCAGGGGGGCGUGUCCAGUGGGGGGAGGUCCUUCUGUUGCCCAUCACCAAUCAGGACCAGAAUUUGCAGCUGUCCGUCAAACUAUUCAGCCGCGGAUCUGUUCGAAGAAAACACCUUCUUGGACAGGUGCUUUUGGGCUUUGACUGCAGUUCUCCAGAGGCAGUGGAGCAAUGGAGAGAUUCCAUCACUCAUCCUGAAAAAGUGGUGACUUCAUGGCACAGAGUUAGUCGACCCUGAACGAAAGAAGAUGUAAUGAAAUGAGAAUGAAAAAGAAUGACUGCAUAUGUAGCCUGUCCAACUUUGGGAUGGUGUAGAGGGGUGGUCCAGUCACAAAAGACUGUCCUCUGUACUCUCCAACUUUAUUUCUACAAAUGUCUUUGCCUGUAUUUUAUCCUGCAUGUGUUUUUUAUGCUGUAGCCCUUUCGAAGGAGGGCAAAUCUGCAUUAUGGCACACAGUAUUGUGUAUUCCAGCUGCUUUACCUGUUUAGUAGAUGGCACAGGUUAAAUAGCCACAUUCAAUGUUCUACAUGGGUUAAUGUAACUUGAGAACAUGGAACUGCGACAGAAACCGGAUACAUGUAAAAUAGUCAUUAAGUGAUAUAAGAUACACAUCAGAUUGCAGCUCAUGCAGAUUUUAACAGUGUAAUAAAUUGAACAGAGUUGUACUAUUGUCAGUGUUGCAGCAUAGCUUGUAAGAGCAGAUAUUCCAGGCAGUGAGAUAAUAUAUUUUCAGAAUACAGAAAUGAAGUAUUAUGUUCAGUAUUCUGCUCCUGUCAUCAAUUUGGUGAUUAUUAUUUCACAUUCACUAGCUGUGGGAGGGCGAUAAACCUGUUUUUAAGUGCAGCAGAAACUCUUGUUCAGAAGCGGGUUUUGGUGCUUCGGGUAAACACUUUGAAAAGCUUUUUAUUUUUUAGAAGUUCAGAACGUUUGGGUUACAUUCCCAUCCAAAUAGAAUUCAAUCCAUAUAUUUGUAUCCUAUUGUUCUUAGAGAAAGAGAGCACAAGUAAACAGGAUAGACCGCAAGAGAGUGCAACAAAGACACUUUUGUUUACACAGACAUUUCCCUUCUCAUCCUUUAUGCUGUCCUUAAUUCAAGGUGAUCUAACUCUCUGAUAAUCGCCAUUUCUUAAAAUAUAUUUCUGCACAGGUGACAGUAGCUUAUUUAAGAGUCUUCAUUGUGUUCAUAUUUAAACAGGUAUAUUGUGUUAAGUAAUGCUGUAAUUCAGUGAACACAUGGCAUUAUGUAAGAGGCUUUUUCACAGAUAUUUGAAAAGCAAACAUUUCAUUCUUAUCCACUGUAUGUUGUGCCUAUGCAUACAAAUAUUUGUUUGAUCUGAGUCUGGCUGCCUGAUGUUCCAGCAAUUCAAUUUUGAUCAAAUCAACCCUGCAAAAGAAACAUUUAUAUUAAAAUAGUUUCUGAUGGGACAUUCUAAGUUGUAACACCAUAUGAAAUAUUUUCAUUAUUCUUUUUCGUUGUCCUUUUCUUUGAAUCAAUAGUGACAAAACCAGGACUGUCAUAACAAAUCCAUUUCAACCAAAUAGUAAAAGCAAUGAAUGGGUUAUCUUCUGUUUAACUACAAUGUAAUAUUGUUUUGUCAGGUAACUUGAAAUAUUUGUUUCAUGUGGUAACAUCUACUGUAUAUUGGUUUUAUUCAAAUAUAUUAUUCAAUAUGACUGAAUCAAACUGACUUCGUUAGGUUUCACCAACAAAACAAAAAAUAUGUAUGGGUUAAAUUUAGUAAAAAAUAAAUGUACAUAUCCAUUUUUUACAGUGUAUAAACCUGGAAUGGGAUGGUUAAGUUCUCAUGUUUGAUAAUGGAACUGUUUUAUCUGCCCAAAAACCUGUUCAACCUAUUGGAUCACAGCUCUGCAGUAGUCUGAUUUUGUUCA